UCACUACGAACGCUACUCGUGUUGUCAAGUUGUUUACAGUCACAGGCAGGGAGAGUUAUUGUCCCACAGCCAGACGUGGGGGUGUCUUAUUGUUAAGUGCGCACUCUAUCAUACUGCAUUGAUUCCCGCAGCUGAUUAUAAUGGCAGAUCCUGGAGAAGACGUAGCUGAGGACCGCGAGGAAGAAAUGGAGGAUGUUGAAGAGGACUCUGACACUGACGACGACGACUUACAAGAGAAGCGAGAACAAGAACUGAAGCUGAGAGUAAAGGAGUUGAGGAAACAGCUUGAAGGCAAUGACCAGUAUUAUGAUGCAUAUGUACAUCUGAUAGCAGCAUUACGAGACCUGUUUGAACUAGAGGAAGCAAGAGCAACUAGACAGAAGAUGAGUAAAGUCUACCCUUUAACACCAGAGUUGUGGUUGGACUGGAUUCGAGAUGAGCAAAAGGUGUGCACUUCAAAUGAGGAGAGACAGUUCAUCAUUGAGCUGUUUGAUCAAGCAGUGAAAGAUUAUACAAGUGUGCAACUAUGGGUUGAAUACGUCAUGUUCAUGUUGGGUAGCGGAGACAUGACGGCCACCAGAGCAGUUGCAGAACGUGCUCUCACUGCUGUAGGAACUCAUGUUGCAGAAGGAGUGCUAAUAUGGCAAGUGGUGCUACUGGUAGAGAAGCAGGUAUACGCAGGCCUACAAAAGGCAGGUACAGUACAAUCGGAAAAGGAAAUUGCAGAACAAGAAAAACAGCUUCAAAGGAUCCAAGGACUCUUACGCAGACAGAUGAGAGUUCCGCUACUCAACUGUAGUACAGAAUCAUUGGCCGAAGAAGCUGCAGAGUUUUUUGAGGGUGACAUUGAGCCUCAGAUGAAGGAAGACCUAAAGAAAACUCAGAGCAAACUCAGAGAGAAAAUUCCAUUUGAAGACGAAUUACUUACUGUUGCAAAUGACGUUGAUAAGCUGGCUGCAUAUCGACGUUACAUCAACCAUAUAAAAGAAACAGACAACCCAGCAGCUGUACAGAGUUUAUAUGAGAGAGCUGUCACUGAGCACUGUCUUGAUGUUGGUUUGUGGGAGGAGUAUGUCCGUUUUGUCAUGCAUCAGUUUCCCUGGUUAGAUUAUGUUGUUUUACCAGUUUGUGAGCGCAGCCAAAGAAACUGUCCAUGGUCUGCAACACUGUGUGAGUUCCACAUCACAGCUCUACAAAUGUUUGCCACUCAGGGAGAAGAAAACUCUGUUGCAUCAAAAAUAAAAGGUGCCUUGGAGAAAGGUCUUGGAUGUGGUCUUCAGUCUGGUGGUGAAGCUACUCGCAUGUGGAUGGCAUACCUUAUAUAUUUGCGCAGACAAAUCAAGUGGGACCAGUCCCAUGAUGCAGAGCUUCAUGCUCUCAGAGAAGCAGGACAACAGGCUAUAAGCAUGAUUGAUAAGUAUUUUGGUGAAGACGGAGACCUGGAGAGUAUCGUACCUCGUUUCUUGGCUCGGAUAGAAGCUGAAUGUGCUCAUAAUCAAGAAAGAGCAAGAGAAAUCUGGAAUGACAUUAUUAUGAAGCGAAACAACAACUUCAAGAAUGCAAGUCUUUGGCUGGAGUUCAUCAAUUUAGAGAGGAGUUAUGGCACAGAGAAACACUGCCGUAAACUUUUCCGCCGUGCCCUGGAACGUGUCUGGGAUUGGAUAGAAGAAAUAGGCUCAGCUUAUGCUCGCUUUGAACAAGAAACUGGAACACUGGAGUCAAUGGAGGAUUUCAAUAAGAGAUACGAAGACAGGAUGGCUAUUGUAAAUAAAAAGAGGGCUGAAGAUGCUGCUAAACUAGAAGCAGAGAAACAAGCUGAAGUUGAGAUGAACCAAGGGAAAAAACAGAGAGAGAAAGCAAAUAGAAGAGAAAGGAAUAAGCCAAACAAAGAAAAAAGCAGUGAUAAAUAUUCUAAGGAAAGUGUAUUUAAAAUUCCUGAGGUUCCAGUCAACAAAUCAACCAAAGCUUCAAAGCAAGAUUUGGCUACAAAUUCAAGCUCAAGAUUCAGCAAUAGUCCAAAUAAACUUCGUUCCAUAAACAACUUUUCACCACCUCCAGGAUAUAAGGACGAUGUAAUGCCUCCACCCAGAGGCCAAAACUUUGUCACAUCACCACCAGGCUACAAGAGUGAUGGCACAUCUCCAGACUUCAAGAAAGAUGUCACACCCCCUCCAGACUUCAAGAGUGAUGUCACAUCUCCUCCAGACUUCAAGGGUGAUGUCACACCUCCAGGUUUCAAGAGUGAUGUCACACCCCCUCCAGGCUUCAACAGUGAUGUCACACCCCCACCGGGCUUCAAGCCAGAAGUACCUACUUCAUCCAAUGCUACCAAGAGAGGAGCGGAAGUUUUGGAAGAUGAACCACAAUUAAAGAAAAUUAAAAGUAUGUUUUACAUAUGCAUAGUCCAACCUUCUAUAGAUAAUAAACCUACCCACCUUUUGAUGUGUCAUAGAUACUGCAUAUAUACACAGUGAUAUCCCUGUUAGCCGGAACAAUUGGUGCAGAGCCCUUCCGGGAAUGAGAGAUUUCCGGGU